CGAUGAUGGCGUUGAGACAACAUCACCAACACUAAUACACAGCACUCCUUAUUUGAAUCACUCGAUGCGAUCUUGGUCUAUGUCAUCCCUAACUAUCCAGGCCAGCACUUCUUUUCACUUGGACGCUCCCGAAGGAAGGAUUACGUCUGGCAGCUCCCUUGUGCUCGUACCGAAGAUUUCCAUCACUCCAGAGAUCAAAGCUCUUGAUAGCAGCACGGCAAAUUUCUGGGUUGCCGUCGAGAUUUCAGGACAAUUGUGCCAACCACUCAAUGGGUCAGCUUGUUCUAGCAUGUCUGACACCGACGGCUCUACCAUGGCUAGCGCAGUUCGCGGUCAAUCUUCUACAGAUCCUUUCAUGCAUGGAUGUAUUCACAGCAUGGAUAUCCAAGUUGUUCCACUUGGUAAUAGUUGUAUUCUUGACACCAUUAGGGACGAUCCUAUCCAGACGUGAGUACUUCCGCCUGGGGUAAUUGAUGACUAUUUGACGAUGGUCUAGAACACUAGGCAAUGGCGAAAAAGUACUGCUGCUUGCGCAAGUCCACAUCAAAUCGUCUCGCUCCACCAAGCAGCCGGGUCAUGUCAGACACAGGUCAGAUGAUCUGAUUGAUGACUUGGAAUAUCAACUGGGAGAUUCCAAUCUCGAGUACAUACGCGUCUCUAUC